GUUCACAACAUUGUAUACAAUUUUGCUGUCAAACCGUUCCAAUUCCGGCAUCGAACCGUCGCCUCUCUACGUUUUACCGCUGCAUGAGCGUCGAGCGCGAGGCGAACGGAAUUUUUAUAGAGACGCAUUUUGAGCACUUGACUAUUGUCAGUUUCAAGAUACUACUUACUAGUACAGUAUCAAGACAGACUGAUUAAUUUAUGAAUUAUACUGCCGCUAGUGGAUCGCUUGCCUGGCAUGCCAUUGGGACUAGCGUAGCUAGACUAGAGUUCGUCCCGUCAUCGCAUUUUAAUUAUUAGUUUGUUGGUGUUUGUUUGGGCGUUAGACUGGAGUUCCGUGUCACUCUGCUUGUGAAGUUGUGUGAUCCAGUGCCAGUGGAUGAUGCUCUUAGGUUUGCUGACCAGUUUGCCUGUUUGCAAUGAUGAGUGGUGGAGGGAUCGAGGAGGACGCUUCUCAUGGGGCUCAUUUGGAUGAUCUGGAUGAACACCCGCAGUGUUGCGUUUGCAUGGCAGCGUACUCUUGCGAAGACGAGCACAGCGUCCCUCGGGGGCUGACAUGUGGACACACAUUUUGCACGGGUUGCCUCAUCAGACUAUGCAAUCAAGAGCGUGGUGGGCUGUAUUGCGUAAGAUGCCCGAUAUGCAAACACUGUACCUACCUACACGAGCAACGGCAUGCAAGUAGCGAUGGCCACUGCGAGGCUAGCAUGGUGCUCCAGUGCGUGCAGAAAAACUAUGCUCUUAUCGAUGUUCUCGAUGCGUUUUCACGGCAGCGGGAGCAGCUGAUGACCAAUGCGCUCGUGAGUGGAAGCAGGUCACGGGACGACAGCAGGAGCAGUGUGCUCCACUGUGCAAUACACGAUGUGGCGAAGAGAGUCUAUUGCGUCGACUGCGUCCAUGCUAUCUGCAUCUACUGUCAGGUGCACGGUGAUCAUUUAGGUCAUCAUUGUGAGCUGGUGGACGGUGCCAUGGAUUAUCUUUGGGGAAAGAUUUCCGUCACGGAAGCACACGUGGAACAGCUAUACCGGGAUUCCUUGGAGAGUAUAUCCUUUGUCAAGGAGGUACUGAUGCGGGACGCCAGAAAGUUCCGCUACCCCAUCACCGCCAAAGCCUUGCAACUCCUGUCGGUGUUGCCCGAAUGGUGCCACCCGCUUAUGGUUAAAUGUAUGAACGUAAUUAUGACCCUGGCCGACGCCUUGGAGUCGCUUGCUGCCACUUUUAACAGCGAGGGUCUCCAGGGCACUCCAGCCAUUGUGAUGAGGGAGCUCCAGUCUGCUAGUCAACGUUGCAAGGUCUUCAGAGAUGAACUACACUGCAGCCGUGGUGUACAGGUACAUGCUUCAACUCUGCUCAGAGAUGAACUGCCUGACUUCGUGGAUGGGCCAGAAUAUACGAUAAUGCUAUGCGCACUGGUUGAUCGCGAUCUGAACGAAAUCCGUACAAUACAGCCCUUCUCCAACCAAGCACUACUGGAACUGGACAUGGGUGUGCGCCAAAUGGGCCUGACCCACCUGAUAGAAUGCCUCGAUCGCGCUCUCCCGUUUGGCGAUGCUGCAUGUUUCGAGAGCUUAAAAGAGGAAGUGCGGGGAAUCAUCCUUCGUCCCUUGGAGAGCCAACCUCGUCCAGUCAGCAAGCGAGUCGCUUCAGAGAGCGGCCUGACUGUAGCGGCUGAGGCAGCCUGUGCGGAGAUGUCCGCUCCUGGGCCCUGUGCCAAGCGACUGUGCACUGCUACGCACAUACAGUCAUCAUGUCUUGUGCAGGCAGCAGGCCCAGACAAUUACCUACCACCAGCAGCAGCAGCCACGCAGAGAGCUACCCCAAGCUGUGAGCUGACAUCAGGAACUGCACCAGAGGGACUUGGCUGGCCGGGGCAUGAACGGACGCCGGCUCUUGCCGCCGCGGAGGGACACAGUCUACGAAACACACUGUUGUUGACACCCGGCACCGGCGACCAGCCCUACGCAAGUGAUGCACUGGUCGCACUGUCGUCACCUGGAAAACGACAUCACCAUAGCAACGAGCUGGAAUCAGCACCCCUAGCAAAGCGAGUCUUUCCCCGAGUGUUCACGCCAGCCAGCUAUUAUCAAAGAACGACGACUUCAUAACAAUUGCAGAGUUGACUGUAAUGAUUACAGUCUGUUCCACCGCCUACUAGCGACUGUGAAGCUCUUCAGGAGGCAGUACAACCUAUCUCAGCAUGCGCGCGCGGCCGCCGGCAAGAUGUUUACCGAGUGAGCUUAUGCCGAACUGUGGACGAGAUUGUGCGUGCGUCCAUGUUGUGCUGAUGUCGCCACGAUGUCACUGGGCUUGCGUACAACUACUUAGAUGAUUGUGUUAGCCAGCAGCUGUUCAGCCCCGUAGCUUGAUCCUUGCAUGGAGUCCGGACAAGAGCAUCUCCCUCUCGUUUCACCCGCCGGCUCUCUUGUGAAGACCCUCAUCCAGCAUCGAUGAACGUACUUCAAGUAGACUGUAUGGCACUAUGCUGUUUUGUCGUGCCAAAGUAGCUUCCUUGUAUUAUCAGUGUCCACCUAGCAAGUCUGGUGGUGAUUGCUGUACUGUCUGUACAUGGCACACUGGAGUAGAGAUGCUACCCCGCCACUGGUUGUCUCCAUCGUUUCUUUUUCUUCGUAGCUUACCGGUUUUAUACAGAUUGCUUCCGCGGAGUAUUGUGCAGUCUCUUUUGUUUUACUACACUAGUAUGGGUUCCCCCAUGAGUUCCCCCCCCCCCCCCCCGUCUGAAUUGACACUUCUUCCAAUAACCAGGAUUGAACAGGUUUCCACACAGGUUUGUUUGUUUGUUCAGCUUUAUUUUACUUCACCAUAAGCACAGGCAAAAUCUGCCUUCUCGCUGGGCGUAUUACCACAGUUCUCGCAAGAUCACGAAGGUUUGCUCCGGAUCACUCAGUUCAAAACACACACACACACACACACACACACACGCCGGCACACACACACACACACACACACACACACACACACAGGCUCCCACGUUGGUCCAGUGUCUCAACGGCCAUGGGAGCCUGUCUAUUAUAAAAUUGUGAAAAAUAAUUAAACAAUAUGAACUUAGACUUGGCUCUCAACGUCUGUUUAUCACAACUCCAUGAGCGACUCUGACUCACGCUGCUACCUGGAGCUUCACGAAGUGUUUGUCGCGCUGGCAACAAAGCGUCUCUGUAAGUUUGUAUCCCUGGUGAUGGUUUGGCCUGGAGAGCAAGCAGGAUAUAAGUGGUGCUUUUCAGGCACAAUCUUCCUCAGCCUACUCAAGCUCAACUGAUGAGGGGUGAAUUUCCCGAAACACUGUGUAUUGAGCAGGGAGUGAUGCUUUCUUGCAGGUUUGCCACCCGUGUGCUCCGGAUGACAGUCAUGAGUCAGUCAAGUGUCAAGUUCGGCAAGAAGCAUGUGUUC